CCGUCUGAGAAGUGAGUGAGUGAGUGAGUGGUGAGUGAGUGCUGGCGCUAGAGUGCUGGAGCUAGAGAGAGGCUAGAGAGAGGCGUGAGAGCGGCGAGGGGAAUGGCCCAGCCAAUGCGCGGUGCGUCUGCGGCAGGCUGGCCGCGCCAGAGUGCUUGCGGUAAGGCGGCGAUGAUCUCGACGGGAAUGGCUCGAGCGUACAGCGGCAGCGAAAAGCCAUCACCCUGUCAGGAGGAACCCCUGCGCAGAGCUUGUACCAACGUACCUUGUCCUGGCCUGCCCUCUCCUGCCCUCUCCUGCCCUCUCGCCUGUCCUUUCGCACCGUCAUCAACAAUCAAUUGACAUGACAAUCCCGAUAUGCGAGGCAGACGCCCUCCUGCACCAAACCAACACCGACUCUACGACGCCCAAUCAAUGAAUGGCUCUGGGCUGUCGAAAAUCCCUCCUGCGCCCC